AUCAUCGUUCUCGUCUGCCUGGCCGCAACCCCAGGUUGGUCCGUACUGGCGUCAUUCCAGCUCGCUCGUAGCGAAGCUCCCGGAGACAAAGCUUCGCACGCCCGACGUCCCCCCUUCGACAUCCCUUGACCAUCUCGAGUUUGGCGGCCUGGCAUACUAGCCUGCAGUCGCUCACCAUGGAUAGCCUCUUCAUCGCCGACCGUUGCGAUGCGCUCCGCGAGGGUAGCUUCACGAAUUUCUUCAUUUCCAUUCUCAUCAUCAUCGGCAUCAUGUUCUCCUACGUCACCCAACACUAUCGCAUCAUUUCUCGCGGCUCCUCGGAAGGCAUCUCUCCGUACUUCGUCCUCCUCGGUGUCACGUCCGCGAACGCCCAAUUUGGCAACAUCCUUACGCUACCCCAGUCCCGGGCCGAUGUCUCGUGCUGCAAAGAAGUCAGUCCGUUCGAGUGUGUCGCGGGCCUGCUGGGAAUUGCCCAGAUCGGCACGCAGUGGAUUUGUUUCGCCGUCAUCCUGGCUCUGUUCCUAAUCUUUUUCCGACAAGAUGAUGCCGACGUGCCGGAAGAAGAGCUCGAGCUCGAUCCCGACCAACCCACGUGGAGAACCGCCGUUAUCGUCGCCGCGUUAUGCCUAAUCCACGGGCUCUUGGUCGUGAUUAUAUCAGCUGCGUUUGCCCUUUGGGCUCCCUCGUACCUGGGCGCCUGGGCAAAUGUGCUCGGGAUUAUGGCCGCCCUGCUCGCCGCCAUCCAAUACAUACCCCAGAUCUGGACUACGUACCACCUCAAGCAUGCCGGCAGCCUGAGCAUCCUGAUGAUGUGCAUACAGACGCCGGGUGGGCUCCUCUUCGCUGGCAGUCUCGCGGCACGCCUCGGCUGGGCGGGCUGGAGCUCUUGGGGAGUCUAUGUCACGUCUGCCAUAAUGCAGGGUAGCUUGUUGGCCAUGGCUAUCUCGUACGAAUGGGCGUCACAGAAGGAGCGCGACGAGUUUAGCCGCCAACCCCAUACCCCACAACGACCAGCGUACAACCGACGCACUACUCCCAGGGUUCUACCGUCACCCGGGCCGUAUUCAGCUCAUCUACAGGCCUAUGCCGACACCCAGGAAGAAAUCGAACGUGCCCUCGACCGCGAAAGCGUUCAAGGGGUGGGCGAGAACCAGCCGCUCCUAGCCCCUGGGGGGAUCGGUAGUUCCGGAACUCGUUGAUGCUACCCCCGCACGGUUCUCGGGGAACCGAUGCAUAUUCUAC